GAAUAAUUCAUUCACAAACCCUAACAAGAAACACCAAUUGUUAAAAUGAAGUUCUCUGUUUUGUUCAUUCUUUUCUCUCUUUUUCUUUUUACUCUAAGUUAUCAGUUUUCUUCUGCCACUCAAGAUCUAGGCCUUGAAUCAAAUAACAAACCUGUACCAGCGGUGUAUGUGUUUGGUGAUUCUUUGGUUGACAGUGGCAACAACAAUUAUCUUCAAACAUUAGCCAAAGUCAAUUACACACCAUAUGGAGUCGAUUUUCUUGAUGGAGCAGCCACCGGCAGAUUCACCAAUGGCUACACCGUCGUAGACUUUUUAGUUAAAUGGCUUGGACUACCAUACGUACCACCCUAUAUGGGUUUAUCCGAAGCGGAGAAGAGAGAAACAACUACUGGUAUAAAUUAUGCAUCUGGAGCAGCUGGUAUUCUUCCAGAAUCAGGAACUGCAACGGGAGACAUCCUGAGCUUGGAAGAACAAAUCAAUUACUUUCUUCAAACAGUCAAAAACGAUUUACCGAUGUCAUUCUCAACCCAAGAAGAGAUUUCCAGUUACUUGUCCAAGUCAAUAUUUGUAGUCUCAAUUGGUAGCAAUGACUACAUCAACAAUUACCUUCAACCAGGAAAUUACAAUAGCAGCAAAACAUAUACUCCUCAGCAAUAUGGUGCCCUCUUGAUAUCAUCUCUCAAGCAACAUCUAAUUAGUUUGUAUAACUUGGGAGCAAGGAAAUUUUUGGUAUUUGAAUUGGGUCCAAUCGGGUGUUUACCGGCAAUAAUCAAUGCAGUUAAUCCAAAACCAACCACCCCGUGUUUAGAAAGUGUUAAUCUUUUGAUUAAGAUUUUCAAUUCCGGAAUUCCCAGUAUGAUUCAAGAACUUACUUCCACCUUGGAAGGUUCGACAUUUGUUUAUGGUGAUAUUUUUGAUAAGAGCUAUCAGCAAAACAUGUCUCCUCUUACAUAUGGGUUUUCUGGAGGAAAUACACCAUGCUGUGUAGUUGGAGGGAAUGGGACAACAAUUUGUCUUCCAGAUCAGAUGCCAUGUGAGAACAGGAACACUCAUCUGUAUUGGGACGCAUUCCAUCCGGUUCAGAGAGUAAAUUAUGAAGUUGCUAGUGGAUGUUUUAGAGGAUCGUCGACUUGUUUCCCUGUUAAUGUUUGUCAAUUAGCACGCAUCUAGUUGUUUCUAUUCUUUUAUUUUGCUUGUAAAUUUACACGCAAACGCUUUCAAUUUCCGAAAGUUAUUCUCAUCUAAGUUGGUACUUUUAUCAUUAUAAGCAGCAAUAUUUAUUCAUGUAAACUGGAUGAAUGAUAAUAAUAAUAAUAAUGAUUAAAAAGAAAA